AAGUCAAAGGUCCCUCAAGCUCGUAGCCAAGUCAUUGCCAAGGACUCUAUCAAGGACACUGAGAUGGAAACACCAGGAGAGCCGGCAGCCAAUCUCGGGCAGACCCUGGAAUGGCUGAGGAAGGAGCUGGCUGAGAUGCAGAUCCAAGACCAGCAGCUGCUGCUCGCACUGAGGCAUCUGCAGAGCCUCCUGGAGGAGCUUCGAACCGAAAGCACCCACUGGGAGGAUACAAGGUCCAGCAGAAACACAUCGCCUUUCCGAGCUAGACUGGGCUCAGAGGGCCGGGGCUGCCAGCCUGUGUUGAGGGAACCGGCCCAGCUGCUCCGAGGGGAAGAGAGCAGGCGAAGCUCCCUUCCUUAA